AUGACAACAACGCAAAAAGGAGUCGGGGUCCAGGGCGCCCUCCUCUCUGACGGGGACUGCUUUGACAUGUGGCACGACUACAUGAACCUGGCUGGACUGCUGAAGGAGCUGUGCGCCAGCCGUGAGGGGGACCAUGAGGACACCUUGUGGCCAGAGAGAGACGCAGCAGCGGACCCGUGGGGCCACAUUCGAACCUCCGGGCGGAAGGGAUGCAAGAACUCCGCAGAGACCAGCAGCCUGUCGGACACCAGCUCCAGCGGGACUCCCUCAGGCUUCUGCCGCUUCUGCAGGCAGAACGGGGAGACUGCAAGGGUGUACCAGUCACACCAACUGAAGUCAGACGACGGGAAAGUCAUCUGCCCCAUCCUGUGGAGGUACACCUGCCCAGUCUGUGAAGCCACCGGGGACCACGCUCACACACGCCGGUACUGCCCGCAGGCGCAGCGGCGGAAGGAGGCUGCGACGGAGCUGCCAAUGUCCGGGUUCUGGUAG